UUUUCAACUUGGGUCUUAAAGCCAUUACCUCAUUUAACUUUCAUUUCUCUUUUAAUCCUAGGUCCACAACAAUGGCAUUUAUUGUGAUGAUAAUUCUGAUUAGCUGCUUUAUACAGGGAAGUCAAGGGCUUAAAAUUGCAGCAUUUAACAUCCAGAGAUUUGAUCAGUCAAAAGUCAGUGAUCACAGAACUCUUAACAUUCUCAUCCAGAUUUUACAAAGGUAUGACCUUAUCACCAUUGAAGAAGUUAUGGACGCUGACAAUUCAGCAAUAACAGAACUAGUGAUGAAACUGAAUCAAUCGACCAAACUGCAUUAUAAUUACAUCAUCUCUGAUCAUCUUGGUCGCAGUUCAUACAGAGAAAAAUAUGCAUUUGUGUAUAACGAGAAUAUUCUCAAACCUAUGGAGUGGUACCACUUUGAUGAUGGCUGUGAACAGUGUGGAACUGACACCUUCAUCCGGGAACCUUUUAUAGUGCACUUCCACUCCCUCACUACAACUGUCAAGGAUUUUGUACUCGCAGCCAUCCACACUAGUCCAAGUUAUGCAGUCAGAGAGGUUGAUGGAUUGUAUGAUGUUUGGGCUGAUGCAAAGGAUCACUUCAAUACUGAGAACAUCUUGAUACUUGGAGAUUACAACGCAGCUUGUAACUAUGUCACAGAUAGUGAUUGGCCUCAUAUACGACUGCGUCAACAUAAAAAAUUUCAUUGGCUGAUUGGUGAUGAGAUAGACACAACUGUCAGUAAAUACACACAUUGCGCAUAUGACAGGUUUGUUGUGACCACAGAAGGAUUGCUUAAGACAAUAGUUCCUGGCUCAGUCAAGGCCUUCAAUUUCCAAGAAGCUUUUCAUCUCCCAUAUUAUACAGUGAAAGAAGUCUCAGAUCAUUACCCUAUUGAGCUUGAACUGGAGGAUGAUCGUAAAUUUCUUUUGAGUUAUCUCAUUUUCUCUUUUUGCAUAGCUAGCACUGCUGAUGCUAAAUACAAGACUGGGACAAGUAUUGGUAUCAAUGGUGGAAUCAGUGGUGGUCCAUGUAGCUGCAAAGGUGUAGAUUUAACAUCCUGCGCUGGACGGUGUGGUGCAUAUUCACCUAAUUUUCCUUGCAGUUGUACUGCAAGCUGUUCUAAAUAUCAGGAUUGCUGUGCAGACUAUGGAAAUUAUUGUUAAGGUUGGUAAUGGCACAACAUGUUUGUGUAGUCUCUCUCCAAAAGUUGUUAGAUCUUUACUAAUACACACAUAUUUAUACCUUUUGACUCUGUUGGCUGUUUUGGAAGCAUAAAAGUGGCAAAGUUUCAAUCAAAACAUGAACAUGCUAGAUACAUCUGUCUUACACCUGCAAUCUGCAAGUGGAUCGCAUUGCAAGCAGACUAAUGCCAAAUCACUGUUUGCUGUCAAUACCAAGCUGGGCAGGGCUAUGGAAUUGGUGGCAAAUCUUCAACUUGUGAAAACAUUGAAAGAAUCCAAAAAGCCUUUGUAGACUCCAGUCACAAAAUAUCAAACUACUAGAGUAAUAAUCAACAAGCCUACAUAAUGUUAAACUUUGCAGCAAGACAAGAGAAUAGAAAUUAAAGUGUUAAUCAAACUUCAUGGCGGUCAGACCAGCCCAUACCUUGAAUACUACAUACAGAUGUGGUCAUAAAAUAAAAACUACAGGGCAACAUGCAGUGCAGACAAUAGCUUUGAAGAUGAUAUUUGGGCUCACAUUUUUAAACAUACUCAGAGGUGAGGACCAAGUCUAUAUUGGACUGCCAUUUCUGGUCUCCAAAUGGCAUAGCAUGUUGCCAGCCUGGCCACGCCUCCAGCACUUUUGCAGAGCCUGUUUGGAAGAGUUAGUAUCCUUUUGCAUGUGGUGACUAGCCAAAUAAGUCCCUCACUAAAUCUAGGUAAAAGUAAGGACUGCAGAUGCUGGAAACCAGAGUUUAGAUCAGAGUGGUGCUGGUAAAGUACAACAGGUCAGGCAGCAUAAAUCUGUCAAGGCCAUUGUGCAGUCAGUGACUUGAAUGUUCCAGCUGACAAUUGAGGUCCUCCGCUAAGACUAAACGUCAGUUCAUUUUUUUUUUGAGUGACUCUUAUAAGAGCUGUUUUUUUUCUUGGGGUUGCUUUAAUGGGAGGCUUUUAUUUCUUAUUUAUAAUCCAUGAGAGGAUAGCGAACAGCCCCACUUGGAACCAAUGUACUUGAUGAAUGUCUUGGUGCCCUUGGAGAUGGUAGUUUGGCCAGCUCCCUGGGCAUGACUUGUAGUGACCUCAAGACAGCAAGCUGGCAAGCCAGUGAACACCUCACCCC